CGAUGUAAAAACUUUCGAACAGAUGGUAGCCAUUCCGCUCUUUUGAGUAACCCUGUAUAGAUUGAUAGCGCGCGUGCAUCAACUCAGUGAGUAAUGUAGCCAUGGCAAUGCUUUCUCAGACUGCAGAAGAUUUUUGUCAGAUGCUGUACGUAGUCUGACUGAUACAGAAGUCGGACAUUUUAUUUUUUGGAUUAUAUUUCUAUAACAAGCUGCGUAGAUUCGGACCUCCAAGAUGUCCAGCACAAAGUCCAAGAAGAAGCACCGGGCUCGGACACAGCGCUACACGUCCAAUGUGUUUGCCAUGUUUAAUCAAGCCCAGAUUCAGGAAUUUAAGGAGGCUUUCAACAUGAUUGACCAGAACCGAGAUGGCUACAUCGACAAGGAUGACCUCCUCGAGAUGAUGACGUCUUUGGGGAAAGACCCGUCUAACGAGUAUCUGGACAAGAUGAUCAAAGAAGCGCCUGGACCAAUCAACUUUACCAUGUUUCUCACACUCUUCGGAGAAAAACUGAAUGGAACAGAUCCUGAAGACGUCAUCAAAAACGCAUUUGCUUGCUUUGACAUCAAUGAUUCAGGUUUGAUUCAGGAUGAGUAUUUGAGAGAGUGUCUGAUGACAAUGGGUGAACGCUGGACAGACGAUAUGGUGGACGAUCUUUUUCAUGGGGCUCCCAUACAAAAUGGACUCUUUGACUACAUGGAAUUCACACGCACACUCAAACAUGGGUCACGUGAUAAAGAAGAUGAUCAGGUGCCCUCUCUACCACUAGAGGAGUUAGCUUUCAAUCCCAAUGCUCCUAAGUAGUGAUAAAGAUUUUCAAAUUAGUUAUCCCUAGGAUAUAAUAUCACUAACACUAUGAACACAUCUUCAGAAGAUGAAAAGGCAUAGCAUUUUGUUAAAUUCUUUCCUUCAUAUGAUUUAUUUGUAUGCAUUCAAUAAAAAGAUUUAACAACACA